AUGGCGCUAGCGCUCUCCGCCGUGCUGCUCGCGCUCGCGCUCUGCGUGCUUUGCGCCACCGUGUACCUCGUCGCCGUGCACCCCAAGGCGCGCCAGCACCCGGGGCCCGUCCUGCUCUGCAUCCUCAUCUCGCACGCGCUCGCCAUCGCCUUUCGCGCCGUCAUGCACCUUGUGCUGCUCGCUGUCGAUGGCCGCAGCGACUACUCGAUCGUGGACGUGGCCAACUUGCAGCCUGACCCCGUGGCCCUCUGGCUCUUUUGGACCAUGGUCUUCUUCACGUCCGCGGCCACGUUCUGGAACCUCAUGCUGGCGAUCGACCUCAUCUCGUCGCUCCUCAACCCGUUUCUGCCGUUCCAAGCCAACAGCGUCUUGCACCACGCUGUGGCGUGGCCCGGCGCGGCACUCUGGACAACCCUUUUCCGCACCUUUGUCUGUGCGAACGGCGACUCGCGACACACGGGCAUUUACAUGGACGUCCCGCUCUACCUCGGUCUGCUCUACAUUGCGAUCGCGCUCUUUGUCGCAUGGCGCAAGUCGCGCAUCCUCGAGACACAGGCGCACCUCACGACGCGGCGCAUGGCCAAGCGCAUCUUGCCGUACCUCGGCGUCUUUGCCAGCGUCGGGAUCGCAUCCAUUGUCGUGUACACGGUCGACGUCUUGCACGGAGGCGCUUCGAGCACGACAAGCAUCAUCGACGAAGUCGUCGAGGGCCUCGAUCUCGUCGCUGUCUUUGCGCUCUUCCGCUUGGACGUCGUUGGCCGGCGCCGCGCCGACACGGUGCGCUGCACCAACGACGACGACGACGAGGAUCGGACGGCAGGGAACGAGCAUGACGACCUCGACGUCUCCAACGUCCUUCGGCAGAGCAUCAUGAAGUACACGUCCAUGGGCAUCAUCGAGUCGGCGUCGCGGGCGGCGAUGGAGCCGCGCGCCGAGAUUGCAUUCGACGACUACGCGCGCGUCGAAGCCAAGACGAUCGUGGUGCACGGCCGCUUCGCCAGCAGCGUCCUCGCCUUCGAGGACGUGGCGCCGGCCGUCUUUCAGCACCUUCGCCACCACUUUGGCAUCGACGACCGGUCCUACAUGGAGGCGUUUGCGCUCGAUCAGAUCCUCAACGAGCACGGCUCGGAAGGCAAGAGCGGCAACCUCUUUUACUUUACGGCCAACCGCCAAUUCAUGGUCAAAAGUGUCCCGAGAGGCGAGUUUGACGUGCUCCGCGGCAUUCUGCCGUACUACCACAGCCACCUGCAGAGCCACCCAGGGUCGUACCUCUGCCGCUACCUCGGGUGCCACUCGAUCUCGCUGCCCGUCGGGUCCAAGAAAAUGUACUUUGUCGUGAUGCACAACCUCUUCAAGGACGGGCCCGUGCACCAGCGGUUCGACCUCAAGGGCAACACGGACCGCCGCCAAGCGAUCCGCUCCGAUGACGUCGAGCGCGUCAUCCGCCAAGCCCGCGAGCGGCUCCCGAUCGCCAAGCUCAUGAUGGACAUUGACUUUCUCAAGCUCCGACAAGCCAUCCACGUCGACGACGACGUGCAAAUCGAGAUGCAGGCGCAGCUCGUGGCCGACAUCAUGUUUCUCGCGGCGCGCGGCAUCAUGGACUAUAGCAUUCUGAUUGGCGUCGCGCAUGGAUCGCUCCAAGAUGUGCCGCAGCACGCGGCGGUCGUCUCCAAGUACCGCGACAAGUUUUACUACGUCGGCGUCAUCGACAUGCUGCAGCGGUACACGUGGCGCUGGACGCUCCAGCGCUACGUUCUCGGACUCUGUCUCUGCAAGGACAUGCACAACGUGAGUGCGGUCUCGCCCAACGAGUACGGCAGCCGCCUCAAGCACUUUGUGCGCAACCGCCUCUUUUACGCGCCGUGCCGCGACGGCCGCAGCCUCGCGCUCGCGUCCAGCUCGGACACGCACCCCAUCCGCCUCAGCUACGACCUCGAGGACACGCUGAGCCCGUCGCCGUACAUUGCCGUCUUUUCCAAGAACCCGUCGCCUCACGAAAUCCUCAUCAAAGACCGCGUCCCCGCUUUCUUUGUUGGCACGUAGUCGCUAAUAGUGUUAUAUAUAUAUGUAGUUGCA